AUGUCAAAUAAUCUUAAUUCAGAAUUAAAUCAACUUCAACUACAAUUAGCAGCUAUUCAAGAACAACAGCGCUCACAAAAACUUAUGAUUAAACAAUUUCAACAACAAUUGAAAACCUAUCAACAACAGCAACAACAAGACGUAACACCAAUAUCACCAUCGGAUGAAGAUGAUAAUUAUGAUUCGCCACUUGAUUUAUCGUCAACAUCAAUAAAAUCCGAUGAAGAACAAACAGGCUCGUUAAUUGAAUUUCAAAUGGAAUCUCAUGAAGGCGAACCAGAAAAUCCUCAUAUGUCUAAACUUAAAGAUAUGAUUGAAAAACUUGAACGAACGAGCAAUAAAAAUGAUUCAAAUGAAUGCGUAGUUUGUAAACGUAUAUUAUCAUGUCAAAGUGCGCUUAAAAUGCAUUAUCGUACGCAUACAGGCGAACGUCCAUUUCGAUGUCGAAUAUGUGCACGAGCAUUUUCAACAAAAGGAAAUCUUAAAACACAUAUGAAUAUUCAUCGUUUAAAUGAUAAUAAUUCAGUAACCGAUGAAAAUAUAACAACGACUGAUUCCAAUGAUGAAUCACAGAACAAUGAAGAUGAAGAUCAACCACUUGUUAAUAUCUCAUCGUUUUCAUUAUUUAAUCCACAAUUUUUCCCAUUUCUAGCUGCAGCUGCAGCAUUUAAUCAAAAAACUAAAAGUGUAAAUUCAUUAACAUGCGACGAGAAAAACGAUACCGAAAUUAAUGUUGAUGAAGCCAAUCCCAUAAAACGUUCAUCAUCGAUUUCACAACAUGUUUGUAGUAUUUGUUCAAAAUGUUUUUCAUCAGCUUCAGCUUUACAAAUUCAUAAUCGAACACAUACAGGAGAAAAACCCUAUAAAUGUGAAAUCUGCGGUCGAGCAUUUACAACAAAAGGAAAUUUGAAAGUUCAUGCUAGUACACACAUGUAUCGUACAAAUUCACCAACGAUAACCAAUGGAGGAAAAAUACGUCAUCAUCAACAACAACAACAACAACAACGACGUCAUGAUUUUCAUCCCUAUUCUACAGUGAAAACUGAAUCUUGA